AUGGAAAUCGAAAGAUUGGAAGAACCAUAUUCAAUUUCAUUUAGAGACCCUGAAUGGUUACUUACGCAUCACGAAGGAUUGACUCUAGAGAAUGUAUUAGAAUAUUUUGCAGAAUCUCCAUUUUGGGAUCCUCAAAGCAAUAAUGAAAUUCUUAAAAUGCAAACUAAAUUUAGUACUUUAAACUCUUUACCUGAUCAUAGGCCUUCUUUGGAUAUAACGAAGAUGAUAGGUGUCGAAUUCGCUAUUGAGCAGGCAAAUCCUCCAUCUUUCUUUUUAAUUAAAAAAUGGAAGAGAAUCAGCGAAACUGAAGCAAUACCUUUAGCAACUUAUUAUAUAAUUCGAGGAAUUAUAUAUCAAGCACCAGAUUUACAUACGAUAAUUGGACGAAGAAUUUAUUCCAGUUUAUAUCACCUUCAUAAUGUUUUCAAUAAUAUUCGUGAACACGUAAAUUUUCAUCCUGCAACUGGUUACACCUGGAAAAGUAAUGAAGAUGACAGCCAUGCGACUUUAGGAAAUUCAAGAACCAUACCUUUAGUAGAUAAAGGCUUGAAUGAAUUUCGUCAAGCAGCCGAUAUAGCAUAUUAUUCUGUUACACGCAGAUUAUUUGAGGAACAAGAAAGAAAUAUUGCUAGUGUUCAAGAAGACAAUGAACGAGAGCGUGAACGAAUGAAUGCAGCUCUAUUACUUCAACAAACUGCUCUGGAAGAAGAAAAGACAACCGACGAAUCAUCGGAAGGGCAUACUACAAAAAAGAAAGAUGUUAAAAAAAAGAAACGGAAGAGGGCAAGAAUAUCUGAUGAAUCAAAGACCGGAACAAAAAAGAAGAAAAGGAAACAUGAAAAGAAAUUUCACAAGUUAUCAGAUUCUGAUACAUCAGUGAAGGAUAUCUCACGAAAGAAUAGCAUUUCUGGAUCAACGCCCGGUGAUUCUGUUACGGAUUUUUAA